AUGUUCGUUGCACGCGUAGUCCCUGCGAUGAAACCCCGAGUGGCGACGCCGUUCUGUCCGAGUAUCCUGGCCGUUCGAUCCAUCUCGGGCACUGCCAGACUCCACAAAGGACCCAUCGAGACAACCAGGGAUACCCUCAAGAAGGCGGACCGGACUGUGUCUGAUGCCGCCGUCAAGGGUCUCGACAAGGGUGAAAAAGCCCGCGACAAGAUCAAAGACGCCAUCGGUGCCACGACGCAGGAGGCCAAGACCAAGUCCGAGUAUAUGAAGGGUGAAGCUGCCGAGUAUGCCGGUCAGGGUAAGGGAAAGGCAGAGCAGGCGGCGGGUGAGGUUAAAGGGAAGACACAGGCUGCUAUGGGGGAAAUGACCGAGAAGGCCAGAGAAGCGAAGCGGACGCAGCUGGGCUGA